UUUGUAUACAUGGCACUCACUGGCAAUGUAUGCCAAACUGUCUGUGUGUGUGUGUGCUAUGCUAUGCUAUGCCGUGUGUGGCCGUGUGUGUCCGUAUCUAUAUACAUACACACACACAUACAUUAAUGAGUUUAUUUGUAUUCCCCAGUCAGUACACAAGAGAUCGCAUGCUACGCUACACACACCGAUCUCUUUCUCGUCUUCCCACCGUCCACAGCCCGCAGCAUGACAGACAGACAGAGCAGAGCGUCCCGUGCCGCUCGCGUAUCGACACACACAUAUAUAGAUGUACACACAACGUCAGCAACCAAACCAAACCGGCCUCCCCUCUCUCUCCUGCGGUCCUUCGGACACACACACAGAGGGGAGGGAGCUGGAGACGCCGCACAGACAUGCAGACAGACAAAAUACACACAUCAAAAUUGCGGUAAACAGGCCGCUGGCUAAGACAGGCAGCCAAAGUCUGUACAACAGAAAGGCCCAUUCCCCUGUCUUUCUCCCCAGGUAGUGUACCCUCACUAGGCAGCAGCUGGCUGCUGUCUCGUCAACGAGUUCUCCAUCAGCCGACUGAUCGCCCUCUGGUAGGUCCACAGCACGUCCUGCCGCUGUGGGGCGAGAUCGGCGAGCGCCGAGGUUCGCAGACCGGUGGCAGACCAUUCAACCUCCUCCCUGAGCCAACACCAGACAGACACAGAGGCAUCUCAGUGUCCGUCCAUUUCUCCCAUUUCGUUGUGUGUCACGCACGCAUCAGCUCACUUGAUGUGGCCGAGGAGGUUGAACACCGACGCAUGACGGCCAGACGAGCCGCCGUGAUCGGCCACCCUCACCGCACCCACAUCAGCAUCACGCGAAGAAGAAGAAGAAGGCUGGUCGUCGCCGCCCCUCGCUCCGCUGGUCAGCCUUCUGAUAGUCUCCUCUAUCGCUGAGCCGUCUUGUCCUUUCCCUCCGCCAUCAUCAUAUUUCCUCCGCUCGCUCAGCCACUCCCCCUCGCGAGCCGCCGCGCCCGGCAUGUGAUGAUGGCCGCUUUCGCCAUCUCCAUCACUCAUGGCCUCGAGGCACUUGCGGAUAAGGCCGUCGAAGAUGCGCUCGGCUGGGGCAGCUGCCGUGCAGAUGAGCCUGGAUGGCUUGUCGUAGAGGAUGUCGAGGAGCGUCACGAGUCGCCUGGCCGCGUCGUGGUCAUCGUGCGAGAAGGCUGGCACGUUGGUGAGGAUGACGGUGUGGAAAUGGUCUGCAAUUGAAAGGUAGUCCGGGGCACCUGUGGUGGGAAACAGACAGACAAGAAGAUGCUUUCUGCGUCCGUGUUCCUUGCUUUGUGUGGUGUGGGGGGGUCAGGGUGUCGCCGGACUGACCUAGGUUGCGCCUGCACAGCUCGUCAAAGUCAAAUUCAGCAAUCCCCCGCCCAGAAUCCGCGCCGUCCUCCCAGCUCUUGCGCACUGCCAACCUCCUCCCCAUGCGCACGGGUACCUCCGUGGCCUUGGGCGGACCUGACGCACCAAUGCUGCGCUUCAACUGCAUCAGCUGAUCGUCUGUGCGGGUGUUGAGGGGGUGCAGGAAGGUUGCUGGCGGCCGGGGGGAUGUCUUGGCGUCGCUUCGUGUGAACCGGCGAUAGUCGCACACAGACUGACGGAGCCAGGGAACAGAAUCCGUGGCUAUGCUGCUCUCCUCAGGUGUGUGCGCGUGUGGGUACCUACCUUGACAUGGAUGAUGUCGCUGUGCUCUUUGAGCAGGUGAAUGAAAGGCAGAAACAAAUCGCGAUUAAGUCCGCCUUGAUACAGCUCUUCGGGUGGCACAUUGCUGGUGGCCACGACCACCAAGCCUCGCGCCCACAGGUGGCGGAACAGGUGCAGCACGAUCAUGGCGUCGGCAAUCCCCAUGAUCUGAAGCUCAUCGAAGAAGAGGACCUUGACGCCCGCCGUGAGCUCCGACGAGAUGCGGCCACACGGAUCGGGGAAGCCCCCCUCCUGCUGCCGAAGCUGGCCGAAAGAAGUAUAACAAUUGGCGCAUCAGAAGCAGUGGAACACUUAGUGUGGUGACUCACCUGGUGUAUCUUCGCGUGGAUGCUAAGGAGGAAGUCAUGGAAGUGGUGACGGACAACGGCAGAUGAGUGUCUGCUCCCCUUGAGAUCCUCCACAAGGCUGCUGUACAGCAUGUUCAUCAACCUGCAGACACAACACACUUGAAGAGUAUGCCAACGGGACGGACAGCACGUGUGUGGCUCACUGACAUGGUCUUUCCACUGCCCACUGGACCAUGCAGAUACAGUCCCGUCAGGCCGUCUUGCCCUCUCCCCUCCAAAUGGUGCAGAACAGCGCUCUUCAUGCCCUCCAGCUGCCCUACGCACCUCCGCUGUGCCACAUCGUCGGCGAACGUGCCGCUGCGCACCAACUGGUCAUAGACGAGAGGAAGGGGAAGGCGGGGAGUGCUCCUCGCGCAUCGGGAGGGAGCCGAAACAGACAGAUAGCGCCACUGCUGGCACGCGAAGGGAGGGAUCACGUGCGAUGCGAAUGGCCGUAACACAGAUAAAUGCCUCGUGACGCGAGUCAUCGUGUAGAGGAGGCUCCAGCGCUUGAGGCGACAGAGCAGCGGUUUCAGGGAGCACCCUAGGAGGUCGCGAGCUAGAAGCGAUCGUGGAUGCAUCUUCCCGCCCUGCUGAGCUCGCAGAUCCCAAGGCAGAUCUCGAGGCAUCCUCAGCCUUGUUUUCUUUUGGCUGAGGAUGCCAUCGGCUUCCCCUCCCUCUGGGGGUCAUGUUGGUCCUCGUCCGGUCCUCGUCUGUGCCCAUUUGGCUGUGGUUGGCGUCUCCGAUCUUUCCUCGUGAUGCUGCCCGCCGCAGCUCAUCAUACCGCUCAGCCUUAUUGGCUCUUCCUCUGGCGUCCUUCUCGCCCCCCCGACACGCUCUCCCACAUCCCCCCGAGCCUCAAUUGGGUCUUCAUCGUGAAGAUCUGCUUGACGACGCCGUCUCAGCGGACCGACGUGACGAGAACUGCACUCGCUCCUGCCUGGGACAUGCGGCUUCCCCCCCGUCCCCGUUCGUCAGAGUGUGCUGAACCGCUGGUGUUGCCGUGGUGAAGCUGCAAUGAUGCUUGCGUAUGGAUGGGAGGGCAUCUGCUUUAUUGCAUGGUUCGCUUGUUGCACUGGCACCGUGAUCAUGAUGUGCUCUGUGUGGUGUGGGCGGAGGGGGUCUGUCAUGUCUUGUCAUUUGGAUGGUCUCUGUGUCUUAGGUAGCCUAUCACGUGAGGUCGCACGCUGCCAUGUCUUUUCUUUUGCGUGCACAUGAUUACGCGUGUGGUUAUACUUCGG